AGAGCGAGGAGCAGUAACAGCCAAUGGGAAGACCAGCGGGGGACCUUGGACGAGGCCCAGGGGGAAAGCAGGGGGCAGGCCGAUCUUGUAGCCAAUGAGAGCAGGAGAACGAUGGUCCAGUCCGCCACUAGCCAAUUAGAAGAGAGAGAAUAAUCGCGUUAACGCCCCCGGCACGUGACAAGACUCUUUGCUUCUCCCUAGCCCACCGGAAGAGGAAGGCUCUGUUUGUCAUGUGACCGCAAUAGUUGGCGAGAGAGGGGCGGGGUUGUACGCUACGGAAGCCGUGAGGGACGCUGAAUAGGGCGGUUGCAACAGCAGCAGCGAUGGCUGCGGAUGGCGAGCGCUCGCCGCUGCUCCCAGCUGAGCCUGGGGAUGGCCUGGGUGCUGGAGGGCUGGUGGGGCCUGCGGGGCUUCCGCCAGGUUCGGCCUCGGUCCCGCCUGGGAGACCGAACCCCCCUCAGGGGUUUCCUUCGUUCAGCGGGGUCAGUGAUGGGGGCCAGGCUGCAGUGCUUCCCGGAGAGGAUCCCCCGCCCUACUCACCCUUGGCGUCUCCAGAGAGCGGCAGUGCUCCCAUGAUCACCUGCCGGGUUUGCCAGAGCCCCAUCAAUGUGGAAGGCAAGAUGCACCAGCAUGUGGUGAAAUGUAGCGUCUGCAAUGAAGCCACGCCAAUAAAAAAUGCUCCUCCUGGCAAGAAGUAUGUGAGAUGCCCCUGCAACUGCCUCCUGAUCUGCAAGGUGACAUCUCAGCGCAUUGCCUGUCCUCGGACAUACUGCAAAAGGAUCAUUAACCUGGGCCCUGUACAUCCUGGGCCCCUGAGUCCUGAGCCCCAGCCGGUUGGUGUGCGUGUCAACUGUGGCCACUGCAAAAACAGUUUUCUGUGGACUGAGUUCACAGACCGCACCUUAGCCCGAUGUCCGCACUGCCGUAAAGUCUCCUCCAUUGGGCGCCGGUACCCCCGGAAGAGAUGUUUUUGCUGCUUCCUGUUGGGCAUCUUAAUGGCUAUGACCGCAACAGGCCUUGCAUUUGGCACGUGGAAACAGGCCCAACAUUAUCGUGGGAUCUACGCUGCGUGGGCACUGGUCAUCCUCCUGGCCUUGGUCUGCCUGGGCCGAGCCACAUACUGGGCCUGCAUGAGAGUCAGCCACCCUGUCCAGAACUUCUCCUGAGCCCUUCCGAGCUCCCCUCCAUUUCCAGCUUCUGUUGCUCCCAGUGCAUCAUCGGCCAAGAGCCAGCCCUGCCUACCCUCUUUUUCUCUCCAGCCCACCCCCUUUGGGGCCGGAACCUUCCGUCUCGCCUUCCUGCUGUGCCAGUGCCCCAUUCGAUCAUCUCAACAGUGUCUGCAACCCUCCCCUGGGAGUCUUCACCAGAGUCUCUUCCCUUGGGCUAGGUGUGGUGCCAAAAACGGACCAUCGGACCUGAAGAACUUGGGUUGCAGAAAUCUGGGUCUACCCUGGGCCCAGAGGCCCUUCUAUCACCCCAGUGGGCAACAGAACACGGACGGGACUGACUUCAAGAGGAGCUAGGGCACAAUUGAAUGUUUUGGGACCCGAGCCAGGGGAGCAAUUCCUCAGUGCCUCCUACCUGUGGAAGAUGUCUGAACGGCAGCGGCUGUGCUGGGACUGGCCACGCAACAGAAGGGCCGGUGGCAUGCUUAGAAAGAAGUGGCCCAAUCCCAAAUGGGGAUCCCGUCAGAAUGCGGCUCAACCACUCACACUACACUAUGGUAACUCAGCUGGGAGUUGCAUUUUUAGAAGCCGUUUACUGUUCUUGGAGCUGCUUAACUGCUUCCUGGCCAAGGCUGGAAGCUACCGGGAGUCACUACUGUGUUGAUUCAUCCUCCUCUCUUUCAAGCUCUGGAUUGGGGGCAGCUGUAGAGGACAGCCAAAGCUGUGGAAACAAAGGGGUCCUGCACAUUCCUUAAAUGGUGGGCUGGGAGAGGGGAGAAGCAUGGAUGGGGAACAGCUCUCCCCUGCUGGCUCCCUGUGACUCAUGGAGAACUCUCUUCCUGGCGGCCAGUGUGCUCCAGAUGUCUUCUCCGUGAGGGCUGUGGUCCAGGUAUCUCCCCUUGCUUGUGUUGCUUCGUACCGUCUGGAGUUGAUCUUGGUGCCCCCACCCCAGCCUCUCUCCUCUUGUUCUGUGACCAGCCACCAUCCUGAGAUGCAAAGGCCCUUGGGCCAAAAGCCUCUCGGGUUCUACAAGAACUUGGGGACUUCAGCUUCUCUCCACUCUGCUUAGUCUUCUAUGUUCCUAGUUUUCUCUUUCAUAUUCCUUGGUUUAGGGACUCCCCUCUUACUCUCUAAGAACCAAAGCCCCACUCUUGGGGGGGGGGGAGGUGAGGGACCACUUUCUCAUCCUGCCCUGCCCCUGGUUUUGCCUAGUGUAAAUACCCCAUUCAUGCAAUGACAUUUUCAGCCUUAAGCCAUGAAAUGGGGGGUGGGGGUGGGGAUAGAAUUCCUCUCCCUUAUUUUUCACUUGGGUGGUGGGGAGAUCUGACAUGGAACAACCAAGCUCUCGUUCCUUCCCUCCCCCAAUGGGAUUCCAUCUAAGUUCUUUUCCGGCAAUGCCAGUGAGGCUUCUCCCAGCCUCAUUUCCGCCUUUGGUGACCUUAGCUUUUCUUUCGCCACUUCUCUCCCAAGAACUUGCUUUUGUGCAGCCUCAGAGCGGUUUUGUGGGGAGGAAUGCAGCCCGCCCUUUGCCUAAGAUGUUUGAGAGCUGCAGGCGACACUGGUGGGAGGCGAGUGGCCUGAACUCCGGAGGGAGGGGGCGCAGUAGCUCAACAAGAGGGGGGGUUCCCGUUGUGAGUCCUCAAGUCAUCCGAGGUGCUGGGAAGUGUUGGUCCCGCCUGCAUGCCUGUCUUGGCGUUGGCUAGUUGGGUGUUAAAGAUUCCACCAGUAGUCCCUGACUCAGACUCUUUCCCUUCUCUUCUCUCCCCAUCCCACUCCCAUGGCUUUGAGCUUCUGGCCCCCUAACUUGUUGCUGUUCCAGCUUGUAUAUAAGGGAUGGUUCAUAUGUACAGACUUAUUUAAAUCACUCUCCUCCAUGGAUAGUGGCUGCCUGCCUCUCUUGUCUCCUUCCCCAUCUUCCUGCUCCUUUCUCCCUUCCCAGUCAUGAUUAAACUUGUCUCUUGCCCUCUUUCUUCUCCCCCCAGCCAAAGGAGGAAUGAACAAAUGAUUGGAUGGUUGUAAAUAAAGUCCAGGUUCCAUAUGCUGAAGAGUGUCUGAGGAGGA